UAUUAUAUAUAUAUAUAUAUAUAUAUAUAUAUACAUAUACACACACACACACACAUAUAUUGCCAAAAUUAUUGGGACACCUGUCCAAAUCAUUGGAUUCAGGUGUUCCAAUCACCUCCAUGGCCACAGGUGUAUAAAAUCAAGCACUUAGGCAUGCAGACUGCUUCUACAAACAUUUGUGAAAGAAUGGGUCGCUCUCAGCUCAGUGAAUUCAAGCAUGGUACUGUGAUAGGUUGCCACCUCUGCAAUAAGUCCAUCCAUGAAAUUUCCUUGCUACUAAAUAUUCCACAGUCAACUGUUAGUGGUAUUAUAACAAAGUGGAAGCAACUGGGAACAACAGCAACUCAGCCACGAAGUGGUAGGCAAAGUAAAAUGACAGAGCGGGGUCAG